CAGAUCAUGGCGGAGUCCAGCCCUCUGACCACUCACGUGCUGAACGCUACCGACGGCGUCCCGGCAGCCAGGAUGGCCCUCAGCCUGCACCAACUGGACUCCAAGCUGAUGAUCUGGGCCAUGCUGAGUGUCGGGACAACAAACCAAGAUGGCCGCUGCCCAGGACUCAUCAACCAAGAAGCUUUCACCCCUGGCAUGUACAAGCUCCGCUUUGAGACGGGUUCAUACUGGGAAGGCCUUGGUCAGCCCUCUUUCUACCCCUAUGUGGAGGUUGUGUUCACCAUCAGUGAGCCGGAGCAGAGGUUUCACAUCCCUCUACUGAUGAGUCGCUUCUCCUACAGCACUUACAGAGGAAGCUGAAAGCUGCAGAGAGAUGGAUUUCUGCUGUUUUAUAGAUUCAUGACUUAGGUUUCUCUUCUUUUAUAUUUUACUCAGGUGUUAUUGUGUGCUACAUUUGUUAUUUGUUGAGUUUCACUUCAUGAGUGUAUUUACACCAAUCAAAAACAACAUUAAAACCUCCAUUACAGUCUGCA